AACCGUUCAAUGAUUUCUCCGUCGCCGUCGCCUAGCUCCUGUCUGAAUCUCCCUGUUAUCCUUUCUUCCCUCUCUUGUUUCCCCUCUUUCGCGUUCUCAGGAAAGGUGCUGCUUACUUGGGAGAAGCUUUACAUCCAUUAUCCGCUGUUGCCGAGAAAACUCCCUUUCCACCUCCUAAAACUUUUCAAAAUCUACACCGGAGUUUGAUUCCAUGGAAUUUCGAUUGCUUCUUAGCCCUCAUCAUCUCCUCAUUCUUAUCCUCUAUGUCACAUCUUCAUUCCAGUUCGGAAGUGCCACUGGCGUGUUGAGGGUUCAGCGCAAGUUCUCCGGCCAGCGGCAACUUAUCACAGAACUUCGCGCCCAUGACGUCCGCCGCCAUGGCACGAUUCUUAUCGAAAACUCUAGGGGCACUGUUGAUCUCCCACUUGGCGGUCUUGGCCUUCCUACGGCCACUGGGCUAUACUAUGCUCAAAUUGGGCUUGGGACUCCUUCGAAAAACUACUAUGCGCAAGUGGACACAGGGAGUGAUAUUCUUUGGUUGAAUUGCAUCACCUGUGGGCAUUGUCCCAAGAAGAGCGACCUCGGGAUAGAGCUGACUCUUUAUGAUCCCAAAGGUUCUUCAAGCGGAAGGUUAGUUUCUUGUGAUGGAAGCUUCUGUUCAUCCACAUAUGGAGGAGAUGUUCCAGGAUGCUUGUCUGAUAUGCCCUGCGAAUACAAAGUGCAGUAUGUUGAUGGAAGCUCAACUUCAGGGUUCUUUGUAAAUGACUAUGUGCAGUACAAUCAGGUUUCUGGUAAUCACAAGACAACAACGGCCAAUUCAACUGUUAUAUUUGGAUGCGGCGCUCAGCAAUCAGGGGAUCUAGGAUCAUCAUCUGAAGCACUUGAUGGUAUUCUAGGUUUUGGGCAGUCAAAUACAUCCAUGCUAUCACAACUAGCUUCUGCUGGAAAAGUGAGGAAGAUAUUUGCUCAUUGCUUAGACACUAUAAAUGGUGGUGGUAUAUUUGCCAUAGGAAAUGUGGUGCAACCAAAAGUGAAUUCGACACCUAUGGUGUCAGACACGUCACAUUACCAUGUUACUAUGAAAUCAAUUGGAGUUGCCGGGACAUCCCUGAAACUUUCAACUGAUAUAUUCCAAACAGGGGACAUGAGAGGAACAAUAAUUGACAGUGGAACAACUUUGGCUUAUCUACCUGAAGAUGCUUUUAAACCAUUAAUGAAUGCCAUCUUUUCUUAUCAACCUGAUUUGAGCUUCCAGACCAUCCAAGACUUUCUAUGCUUCCAAUUUUCUGGAAGAUGGAUCAACAUAACGCAUCAGUUACUGUCCAACUGUGAUGUGGAGCUAGUAUUUAACUGGCAAAUGCUGUGAUCAACACUGGAAGCUAUUGAGCUUCCAUCGAAUUUGGUGGCCUCCACUUUCUAUCAUUCGUUGCAAGGAAUGCCGCUGUUCCUGUGAAUGACAUGGAAUAUGCAGGGCUUGCCAGGAGGCCCCACUCUACUGAAGCUGCCAUGCGUCGUGUGUAUCUGCCAGCGCUUACUACUGAGGAGACUUGUAGGAGUAUUUCUGUAUUUGAAUGGUUGUCACAGCCCGAAGCCCCGACUACCAUAAGGGUUGUAGCUGGAAGAAGGAUUGUCGUGGUGACUACAAACACCACAUCUCUACUGGUCGGGUUACCUGCACCCGUGAAGAAUACUGCUAAAGUUUCCUCAUAUGGAGGAAAGUUAACAAGAAGCAGAGAAGGAAGAUAAAUGCUGAGCUUCGAGAUAAACAACAACUAGUGCCAGUGCACCCAUCAAACAUGCUUGCCCAAGAGCCUGAAGCUAAUGUUCCGACUUGGAAUAAGUUUAUUGACCUGAGAUGGGUCAAGAGGAAUAACUAUACUAGGGAGCUGAAGAAAUUCUUUCGGGACCGACAACCUGAAGUCCCAGCCCCUCCAAGGAAGAAAGAGCCUGAAACCUUGUCAGCCCGGGUGUAUAGGAUAGUGAAGAGAGUAAAGGAUAGGGACUGAAGAAGAAGAAAUUCUAGCGGCCAUUAACAAUUAAAGCCAAAAGGCCCCACCACGGGAAUCAUUGCCUGUAGAAGAUCGAAGAAAAUCCAGGCCAGCCUUAUGCGGAUAGCAUUGGGGCAUGACGCUUAAACCUUGGGUUCAGGGAUUCGUCGUCGAAAGGUCACGACGAAAAGGUAAGCAAGUUUGUAGGCCAAGGCCUCGUAGAGAAGAGAAGAACAAAAGAAGAUUUGACCUGGGCGUGACAUCCGGUAUGGAUUCCUGGAGAUCCUCCCCCCAAUAACAAACAACGUUAGAAAUGGGUCCCAAGGAAGGCCUACGACGAUGCCCAUUCCGGCGGUCGACACAUUGGAGAAUCCUCUGGGGGAUCCUGUCGUUUACCAAAUCCAUUCAAAGAAAUGACCAACUUCGAUCGCAGCCAACUAGUCGAAGAAAUCUUCCUUCCAAAUCAAGAACCGGAGAUCCAGUGGCGCCGCCGCUCAGAGAUUCAAGCACUAGAAGAGGAAGAAAAUAUAGUAGAAGAACAAUAAAAUUUAGAAGAAGGAGAAUAUAUGGAAGAAGAAGAGGAAAAAAUGAACGCCUCCAUAAACAUUGAGGUCGUCUACAUGGUGAGGCACACCAAUACUAAUGAAGAGGCUUACUAUGAUGAUGAUGAAGAUGAGACGAUCAACAACCACCGGUUAGGCAAGUAUAUCGAUUUUGUUGUGAGGCUGGGCCCAUCGACAAAGACGGCCUCUCUUCAGAAGAAGAAAGAGAAGAAGUCGAGGAGAAUACAUUUGCUGAUGAAAACACCACUCGCCGACAUGCGAAAGCAGAUGAGGCGAGAAAUGAGAGCCAGAGACAGAGAAAUCUCUCAAUUAAAUGAGAAAAUGACUGAGAUGAUGGCUCGGAUAGGGGCGAUGAUGUAAAUGAUGCAGAGGACUGCCACUAUUGGUGCCGUGUUUAAUCCUCAUGCCGAUUCUUCAAAGUUCUCAAUUCCUCAAGUCUUAGGAGUACAGGGCACUCUUGAAGGCGAUAAUGAAGUCAAUAACAUUAUCCGCCAACGCACUCUGCAGAACAUUGCAAGUACCUCUGAGUCUGUGACGGCUGCACAACUCGAGGGAAUCAUCAUCAAGAAAAUCAAGGCUAUUAUAGCUAUUGAUCAGGUGAAGAAACUAGUGGGCAAGGGUCGUCCGUAUCCUGCCGAAUAUGAUCAAGUGCCGUACCGAAAGGGGUAUUCGGUCCCAAAGUUUCAUACCUUCAACAGUACUAACAACCUUAUGGAGCACUUGACACAAUUUAAGGCACCUGUGGGAGUACAGGGGAAAAUGAUGCACUACUUUUCCAAAAAUUCGUCAGCAGUUUGACAACAACUUCUUUCGAAAGGUACGCUGAAUUGCCAAAUGACUCUGUGAAAAGAUAUGCAGUAUUGGAAGCUAUGUUUGUGAAGAGAUUCGCCAGUACGACCGAGAAGAUUAUAGUCGCCGACCUUGCUUUAUAUAAACAGAAGAAAGAGUCAUUAUCGAAAUAUAUAACUCGUUGGUGCAACUUGAGCAUGAAAUGUGCGCAACAGCUCAAAAAAGAACAUGCUGUGCUGUUGUUAAUGGGCAACAGUGAUGGAAAGAUGCAACCCUUCCUAUGCAUGACUACAAUUACCACAUUUCAAUAUCUGUUGGAUAUGGUGGCUAAGUUUGAGAAGUUAAACUUGUCAAGAUCAGAGAGCCACUAUGAUAAAGCCAAAGAAGGCUAAAGUCUCAGGUGCUAGAAGAGGUGAGGCCAUGUCUAUAAUUUUCUCUAGAGCUGAUAAAGCAAACAAGUGGUUUAUAGCGUAGACAAAUGCAAGCAACCGAUAUAAUAUGAAGAAAAGCCUAAACAAGUCUACAACCCUAACCCCCAACCGAAGCUGAUACUUGUGGGGAACGAUAGACCACGAACCUUCCAAGGUGGAGGGGAACGCGAGAGGUUGGCAAUCGAAACUAGUGAUAGAGCUUUCCCAUCCCUCAAGAAAAGAUAAAUAAAGAUUAUUCAUUUAAGAGGGAGAGUGUCGCCAAGUUAUUUCGACAAGCAUUAAAAGCGGGCUUGGAACUGUGGAGUGCAAGAGGCCCGAGGAGUCAAAACACACUAGUGACCCAAAUUAUUGCCCCUACCAUCGGGUAAUCAGCCAUCCUAUUGAAGAUUGUUACAUCUUCAAUGAUUGACUCGAAAGAAAUACUGGAAAGGGGAACUCACACUGUCAGAUAAUGUGUUAAUUAAUCCUAGAAAAGAUUCAACUCGGGUAGUUAUGACUUCCUCCCUUCCCCUAGUUGAAGAAAGAAUAAUUAAAAAGGAGCUGAUUCAAGAAGAACAGUGAGUGAUUGCGGUCUCCAAGAAGACUGUAAAAAUUUUGAAACAGCUCGAAGGAGUUUCAGGGGUGAAGUGGAAAUUUCCUACGUAGCCAGUGCUAAAUUUGAAAGAUCUGCCUAUGAUAGGAGCAUCUACUUCUAAGGAACUCCCUAAUCAAACUGGUUCUUCAAAGGUUGGAAAGAUAAAGUCUUCUAAGAAGAAAACCAAGAUAAAAAACUAAGCAGAAAACGAUAGCAACCCAAAGGGUUAUCGACAGUUUGGAUGAAUACUACUAGAUUGUGAGGCGACCUAUCAAACUCAUUGACUUCAUGUUUGAGCUUAAAAUAGAUGAAGUCGAAUAAAAUGAUGAGAAUUCUUUUCCCGUAAAAGUAUGUCGUGUCAUCUCAGUGGCACCAAAUACUCUGUCAAAAGAAUGAAAUGAGGAGGCAACCCGUGAAUCCUGUAUGAUGGUAUCACUAAUUGAUUACAUUUCGGAGCAAAAUUUGUAUUUUCCAAAAAUAGAUGAGUCGGACCCCGACAUAGCAUCAUGGGACAUUUAAACCUUAGUGGUGACUCUAUGUCAACAUAUGAAUCUCUAGACACAACAAUGAUUGACUCCGAAGAAAAUGCAUCAUUAAAUGAGUUUAAGCCAGAGGAAGUCACUCAAGUGCAGCUAAGAAGUACCGAAGAAAGGCAUCUCCAAUAAAGAUGAGAGAAGAAUAUAGUUGUUAAUGAAGAUAUCAUCCUGAAGAACUCGAAGAAGAAAGAUACUUCAGUCAAAGGGAUAAAUUAUAAUAGUUUAUCCCAUCUAAGAAAAAUCCUGACGCAACUUAGCAUAUAAGAUGUUCUAUAAUGUCUAAAGACUUUCGGUAGACUUUAAUUCACGCCCUCAAAGCCCCGAAAGGUUUGAGGCAUAUUUUGUUGAGUGCAAUGUGACUGAAGUCGUACAUGCUCGUAAUGAGCCAUUUAUCACCUUCACUGAAGUAGAUAUGAUGCUCGGAAUGGCAGAUCAUAAUCACCCACUAUAUGUUAAAGCAAAAAGCAAUGGAA